AUGGUGGGAAAAGGAUUUGUGGCUUUGUUGAAUGAUGAUUGGUGCCCAAAGCUUGAUGCUUACUUCUUUGAAAUUGUAUACAUCAUUGUGUUUUUCAGGACUGCAUUGGCGGGACUUGUGACUUUACUGCACGCAUGUCUUGACAUGAAAGCCAUCAUCUUGGGGAAAUAUCAUUAUGUUCUAUACUUCCUUGUUUUGGCAAUGCAGCCAAGGAUGCUGUUGACUGUGGACGAAAAUCUGAAACCUCUAUCGGUACCUGUCCGGGUUGGCCAAGCUGUUGAUGUUGUUGGCCAGGCGGGUCGACCAAAGACCAUCACUGGUUUCCAGACCCACUCGACCCCUGUUCUCCUGGCUGCUGGUGAUAGAGCAGAACUUGCAACUGAGAAGCAUAUUCCACUCUCGCCCAUUCUUGAAGGUUUUGUCAUCUUGAAAGAGAAUCCGGAGUACAGAGAUGAUCACUAG